AUGACUACCGCCCAUAGACCCACGUUCGAUCCCGCGCAAGGGAAAGAGGCCCUCCGCGGCCCGGCAUACCACCAGCGACUUCUCCCGGCGCAUACGCACCUGAAGACUCGACAAUCGGGUCAAGGAGGUGAAAACGAAUCCCAGCAACGUGACCUGCGCGCCGAACUGCUCCAGGCCGAAGCCGCUCACUUCGCCAAGAAGAACGGUGUCCCUGUCGAUACACCCGCCCUUGAGAAUGCUGCGCCGAAACGUCAGCUGGAAGGAGCGCCGACUGGUGAAGAGGAACUAGAGGAAGAAGACCCCGAAGCGAAACGGCGACGGAUAUUAGAAGAGACGCGAGAUAUCGAUGCAGAUUCGGACGGGUCAGAAGAGGACAGUAGUGAAGAUGACAGCGACGACGAUGAGGACGAGGCUGCCGAGUUAAUGCGAGAGCUGGAGAAGAUCAAAAAAGAGCGACAGCAGCAGAAAGAGAAAGAGGAACAAGAACGCGCCGCCGAGGAAGAGGAGCAGCGGGAGGUGGAUAUUGCGCGAGGCAAUCCCCUGCUGAACUCUCAGGACUUCAACUUGAAGCGGAGAUGGGACGAUGACGUCGUUUUCAAGAACCAAGCUCGGGGGACUGAGAACAGGGGCAACAAGGAAUUUGUCAACGACUUGCUGCGAUCCGACUUCCACAAGCGCUUUAUGCUGGACAAGAUCGAUAAAAUGGACUCUCAGCCAUCAUCGAAAGCAUUGCACAAUCGCAUCAACACCGAUGUAUCGCAAUUACUGCAGCGAUUCGAGAACAUCAUGGCGACAGCUACUGUCGAAAGCACAAGUCACACAGCCACCGCCGUUGAAACAUACCAGCUCGAUGUCGAAUCCACAGCUCUCGUCCGCGCCGCCGAAGACAUCCUCUCCCUAACCCGCACGAUGAAAGAAACCUGGCUCUUUGGAAAACUAGAUACACUUGGCGAAGACGAGACGGAUGUGAGGCGUCGAGAAGAGCUAGAGCGAGACGCGGAUGCGAUUCAGAAGGCUGUUGAGGAUGGGGGGUUGUUGAAGGCUGCGAAGUGA